CAACUCUGGAAGAAAUCUAUCUCUUACAGAGCGGGUUAUGGGGCAACGAAAGAGGCUUGAAGAUGCAGUGGACGCCAGAACAUGCCCAGUGGCCAGAGCAGCACUUUGACAUCACUUCGACCACCCGCUCUCCUGCCCACAAGGUAGAAGCUUACCGUGGCCAUCUUCAGCGCACCUAUCAAUAUGCCUGGGCAAACGAUGACAUCUCUGCUCUCACAGCCUCAAAUCUGCUAAAGAAAUAUGCAGAAAAGUAUUCCGGCAUUUUGGAAGGGCCAGCCGAACGUCCCAUCCUGGGUAACUAUGUGGAGCCUCCAUCAGGGCUGGUGAAUGGUCGCAAAAGUGAAAGUGAGCCAUGGCAGCCUUCUUUGAACUCUGAGAGUGUUUAUUCUAUGAACUGUGUCCCAGAUGUUAUUACCGCCAGCAAAGCUGGAGUAAGUACUGCUCUCCCUCCGGCAGAUGUCUCUGCCAGUAUAGGGAGCUCCCCUGGGGUGGCUAGCAACCUGACAGAACCUAGUUAUUCAAGUAGUACAUGCGGAAGUCAUACAGUCCCUAGUCUGCAUUCAGGGCUCCCAUCUCAGGAAUAUGCCACAGGAUAUAACGGAUCGUACCUGCAUACAAGUUACAGUGGCCAGCCAGCACCUGCACUUCCUUCACCUCAUCCCUCUCCUUUGCAUAGCUCUGGGCUUUUACAGCCACCCCCUCCACCACCGCCGCCACCAGCCCUAGUGCCAGGCUACAAUGGGACAUCUAACCUUUCCAGUUAUAGCUACCCGCCAGCAAGUUAUCCCCCUCAAAGUGCUGUUGGGGCUGGCUACAGCCCUGGUGGAGCACCGCCUCCUUCAGCCUAUCUGCCUUCAGGUAUCCCUGCCCCAACUCCUCUGCCCCCUACCACAGUACCUGGUUACACCUACCAGAGUCAUGGCUUAACGCCCAUCGCGCCGUCAGCCCUGACCAAUAGCUCAGCAACUUCUCUCAAGAGGAAAGCUUUCUAUAUGGCAGGGCAAGGAGAAAUGGACUCCAGCUAUGGAAAUUACAACUAUGGCCAACAGAGAUCUACACAAAGCCCCAUGUACAGGAUGCCCGACAACAGCAUUUCCAAUGCCAGCAGAGGGAAUGGCUUUGACCGAAGCGUUGAAUCCUCCUCCUUGGCCUUUAAGUCAACCAAACAAAUCAUGGCUUCCGAGCAGCAAAGGAAAUUUAACCAGUCCGGUCGGGCUUUGACGCCCCCUUCCUAUAGUUCUGCUAAAAAUUCCCUUGGCUCCAGAGCAAGCGAGCCCUUUGGGAAGUAUAGCUCUCCUGUCAUGAACGAACACGGCGAAGAACAUAGGCAGCUUCUUCCCCAUCCAAUGCAAGGCCCGGGACUUCGUGCAGCUACCUCAUCCAAUCACUCUGUGGACGAGCAACUUAAGAACACUGAUGCACACCUCAUGGACCUUGUGACCAAUGAGAUUAUCAGCCAAGGACCACCAGUGGACUGGAAUGACAUUGCUGGACUAGAUUUGGUGAAGGCUGUCAUUAAAGAGGAGGUUUUAUGGCCAGUAUUGAGGUCAGAUGCAUUUAACGGGCUGACUGCUCUACCUCGGAGCAUCCUCUUAUUUGGACCUCGGGGCACAGGCAAAACAUUACUGGGGAGAUGUAUAGCUACCCAACUAGGUGCCACAUUUUUCAAACUCACAGGUUCUGUUCUUGCCACGAAGUGGUUGGGAGAAGGAGAAAAAAUUGUGCACGCUUCCUUCCUGGUGGCAAGGUGCCGACAGCCCUCGGUGAUUUUUGUUAGUGACAUUGAUAUGCUCCUUUCAUCCCAAGUGAGUGAAGAGCACAGUCCAGUUUGUCGGAUGAGAACCGAGUUCCUUAUGCAGCUGGACACCGUGCUCACUUCCGCUGAGGACCAAAUAGUAGUCAUCUGCGCCACCAGUAAACCGGAAGAAAUAGACGAAUCUCUUCGAAGGUACUUCAUGAAACGACUUUUAAUCCCACUUCCUGACAGCACAGCCAGGCACCAGAUAAUAGUACAGCUGCUUUCACAGCACAAUUACUGCCUCAGCGAUAAGGAGGUUGCACUGCUAGUCCAGCGUACAGAAGGCUAUUCUGGACUCGACGUGGGUCAUUUGUGUCAGGAAGCUGUUGUGGGCCCUCUCCAUGCCAUGCCAGCCACAGACCUUUCGGCCCUUAUGCCCAGUCAGCUGAGGCCUGUUACGUACCAAGACUUCGACAAGGCUUUUUGCAAAAUACAGCCUAGCAUCUCUCCAAAGGAGCUCGAUACAUACGUCGAAUGGAACAAAAUGUUUGGUUGCAGUCAGUGACAAGCCGUCUCUCUCUUUUUUAAAAUAAUAAUAAUAAUAAUAAUAGUGAAACAAAACAAAAAAAAACAAAAAAAAUGUAAUGAAUGUUGGUGCGCGCACACACAUAUGUACACACAAACCUGUUACCUAGGGCACGCAACCCCUUUUUCAGUCGUGUUGAAAUUGUGGAAGGGUACAGGGGUUGGGGGGUGGGGAAAGGAUCCCGUUGCAUCUAAAAUAGCCAGGUUUAGGCUUGAAGAAAUAGUGCAUCCGAGGAGAGCUGUCGAUCUGCAAAGCCACAGAUGAUGAUGAUACGAUGUUGAUGUUCCCUUCCAUUCCGUUCAGACUAGACAACACGCUCUCAUCAUGGAGGGGUUGAUUUUUUUUUUUUUUUUUUUAGAAGGACAUGAACCCUGUGUGUUGAAUCAUUCUGCUGUUUUUGAGAUUUAGUUGCUUUCAAGUGCCUAAAGUGGUGCUUUAUGUUUUUUCCUUUUUUUUCCUUUCUUUUUGUUUGCCUCACAAUUACAUUGGUGGCAUGUGCUAAUAUAAAGAGCUUUAACUUCAAAAUGUUAUGGGACUAAAGACAUGAACAGUUGUGUUGUGACAGAGAACCAGGUGUGACAUUGGUUUAGUUUUGCUUCCCCGCUAUUCUAGCUAGUCUAAAAGCAACAGUAUUCCUCAAUCCUGUCUGUUCUGCGGUAUUAAACUAAGAACAGGUAAAACAGGGUAAUGGUAAUCUGGACUUUAAUUUCCACGGUUUGUUUUGUUUAUUGUUCUGUCUGCAAAAAAAGAAAAAAAAACGAAAAAAAACUCAGGAAAGUGAUUGUGAUUUGUACAGUACCUCAAAGGAAUGUGUUGAAAGCACUAUGUACUGCUGAGAUUUAAUAGGCUAGGCUUCAAUGUUACUUUAUCUUAAAUAUGUAUGUUUACCUCAACGGUCGGGAAAAAAAAAACAAGGAGAAAUAUUUUGAAUGUAUUAAGGAGCAAGCUGAAGCAUGCUAAAACGAUAAUCUUUAAAAUUUUGAAAAUACAACAGGAGUAUCCCAGUGUUUAAGAAACAUUUCUUUCUUUCUUUUUAACCAAUAUUGGGGAUCAAAUUGGAGCAAGGUGAUUUUCAUGGCAGUCAUGUGUGGAAGUCCUUAGUCCUUGACAAUUUUGUGACAAGUCAGUAGAGAGCGCACAGACAAUAAAAGACCCCCCCCCCCCCACACACACACCUUUUGAAUCAUCUAGGACAGUCAGAGACGAAAACUGGUUAGGAUUCUGAGAGGCAAAUUACCUUACACCACAAGAUACAACUUUUAUAUCUUAGUUAGGGUUAUAGGCAUCUUGAUUGUCCAAGUGCAUCACUAGCACAGAACCCUUGUAGGUCACAGAGAGCUUAGGGGCUGCAGAGCUGUUUACAGCAAUGCAGCAGAGAGCGACCAAACAAAACAAAACAGAAACAAGACAAAAUUGAACCCUCAAAUGGCAUCUCUCUUCCUCUUUGCUUUGCAUUUUCACCACCAAAUGAAAAGUUAUCCCUUUGUUUUAUGUGUGCUGUUGUUGCCUCUUUCUGUUUUCUUGAUGCAUUUGUUUGUUUUGUUUUUAAUGUGAUCAUUCCAUGGUCAUUAGAAAUUUGCCCGGCUGGAAAAUGGCCACACAUUUUAUUUCUACCUCAGAUUUUGUUUUAUUUCUCUUAGAGAGGCACAUAAGAAACAGGACAGGCCAGAUUAUCACUACCGUGCAGAGCUGUUGAAGGUCCUAUUAACACAUAAUCCUAAACAGGCUUCUUUGGAAAGAACUAGUUUUGUGUAUGGUGAGAGGUUUUCUCCCAAGUAAGUGUGUGUGUGGAAUUGCAGUUUUUCUUUCUUUCAAAAAGAAAAGAGGAUUGGGAAGGGAAUCCUUCUGCCUCUUCUCCCUUUACCCAACCAGGGCAAAUGGUGACUGUUUUCCUUCAGGAAAGAGAAGGUAGAUAGGAUGUGUGGCAUUUUAUUCUAUUUGUGCCCCUGCUCCACAUUGUCUCCCUUUUUUUAUUCUUUAAUGCUUUUAUGAGCAAUUCUUUUCAUGACAGCUGACUGAUGCUGUAAUGUCGCCGAACAGUAGAGCAAUUCAAACCUUCGCAGCCACGCAAGCAGAGAGCGACCUCUCUCCCUCUCUCUCUCCCCUCUCCCUCCCUUUCUCUUUCCCUCUCUCUGUUUUUUCCCCCAUGUAAUCUUUUGUUUACUUUAAAGAAACGGCAGCAGAACAAUUAGAAGUUAUUGGCAUUUAAUGUUACUUUUAAAUAAUGUACCUUCAAAUCCAUGAAAUAAAUGCACUGAAGAGCUCUAAUGAGAAAAAGACCAAUUAGUCACCUACUUAUUUUGUCUUUAAAGCUAC